AUGCUAGGGCGCGCGAGUCGUGUUGUGUGUGCGUAUCAACAUGCUAUGCGUCUACCCAUUUUAGCGCGAUUCUAUGCUUCCUCGUCCCUACCACCUACCUUGCAUGUGCUGCGGCGCGACGCGGAGACGAAGCUUGCAUCUUUGCAGGACAUGGAUACUCCUGUGACAGCCCACGGAUGGAUCGUGUCAGUUCGUAGGCACAAGACGCGCACAUUCGUUGAACUCACAGAUGGCACAUUAGGAGGAGCAGCUACGUUGCAAGUGGUCCUGCCUGGCGAGGCACGUGAACUCACUCCUGGGCAAGCAGUGCAACUGAGUGGCCGUAUGGCCGCGGGACGUGGUCGUACAUCAAGUCAGCGCGUGGAGAUGCACGCCGAAGACGUACAUGUGCUAGCAUCUACAGAUCUGGCCACAUACCCACUUGCCAACGUGAUGCACAGCACCAAGCCUGACUCUGUCGCUGCUGAUAUAGUGCGGCAAGCCUCGCAUUUCAAAGCACGCACCCUACAUUUUGGCGCUAUACAACGUACUCGCACUCGAAUGGAGCUUGCCAUGGCUGUGUGGAUGGAUCAGAAUGACUUUUGCAAAGUUCAACCGCCUGUUAUCACGUCGUCAGAUUGUGAGGGUGGGGGUGAGAUUUUUCGGGUUGUGGCCGAGUCAGAUGUCGCCCAACAUCCAUCCUCGAAGGAGAAUAUGACGGCAUUCUGGUCUGGAAACGAUGCGUACUUGACUGUGUCUGCACAAUUGCAUCUGGAAGCAUAUGCAUUGGGUUUAUCUCGUGUGUGGUCUCUAUGUCCUGUUUUUCGUGCUGAAGGCUCGGCCACGAAUCGUCACUUGGCAGAGUUCUGGAUGCUUGAGGCAGAAAUGUGCUGGCUUCCCUCUAAAAACGCGCUGGGAGCCAUACUUGACUGUACCGAAGAGGUGAUAAAGAGCGCCAUUCGUGCUGCAUGGCACGAAGGACGUGCAAGGGACGAUAUGACAUUCUUGGGCGCCACGGACGAGCACGCCGCUAUUAUUGAAGCACCUUGGCCACGUAUCUCGUAUACCCAUGCUGUGCAGCUACUCCGUGCACAGUGUACAGAGGUACCUGCUCCCGUGUGGGGCGACUCAUUGCGGUCUGACCAUGAACGAUGGCUUGCUGCUCACUUUGGUAUGCCAGUCUUUGUGACCGACUUUCCCUCGAACAUCAAGCCAUUUUAUAUGCGGGAAAAUGAUGAGCAAGUGAUUCUUGAUGAGACUCUUCACCCAGAGGCAGCAGGUGCGUCGAGAAAAACCGUUGCAUGCUUCGAUUUGCUCGUGCCCAAUGUGGGUGAGCUGGUGGGAGGUAGCGUGCGUGAAGAGCGACAUGAUGUGCUUCUGCAGCGUAUGAAGCAAUCUGGUCUCCAGAGCUCUUCGCUGACGUGGUACAUUCACGACCUUCGUCGAUAUGGGGGCCCGCCACAUGGUGGAUUUGGUAUCGGUAUGGAACGCCUUCUGAGCUGGCUUACACACACGUACCAUGUGCGAGACCUCGUCGGUUUCCCCCGUGUCAAGGGGCCAUUACGACAUUAA